UUCCGUGCCUACAAAGGCUGGGCGAGGUCGCGCCUCUCUCCCGGGACUUUGAUCUUCGGGCUGCGCGGCCGUCCGCGGUUCUUCCUCUCCGCGCGCUCGCUCUCCAUCCGGUGUCAACUUUCGUUUCUGCGGCUCGCCGGCGGCCCCUCCCGCUGUGCCUUCCGCUUCGCGUGCGGCUGCGGCGAGCCGGGCUGCUUCGCUGCUGGGGAGGCGAACCGAAAGCGGCUUCUGAGGCGGGAUAUUAUUGACUGUCCUCGGGAGGAAACGAGAGAUUCUGUUGACCGGAGUAGUCAGAAGAUGUGCAGUUGGCUUUCCCCCAAGCGAUUGCUGUUUGAAGUUCAGAGCAUUUAGCUAAAAGAUUCUGGAGUUUUAUUCCUCCUCACAACGAUGUAUAGCUCAGGUGUCGUAAAGUUGUAGGGCUCAAUCAUUAUCUACAUGGUAGGUCAUUGCUAUGGACAGUGCUAUCACCCUGUGGCAAUUCCUCCUUCAGCUCCUGCAGGAGCCUCAGAACAAGCACAUGAUCUGCUGGACCUCUAAUGAUGGAGAGUUCAAGCUUUUGCAGGCAGAAGAGGUGGCUCGUCUCUGGGGGAUUCGCAAGAACAAGCCUAACAUGAAUUACGACAAACUCAGCCGAGCCCUCAGAUACUAUUAUGUGAAGAAUAUCAUCAAAAAAGUGAAUGGUCAGAAGUUUGUGUACAAGUUUGUUUCUUACCCAGAGAUUUUGAACAUGGAUCCAAUGACAGUGGGCCGGAUUGAGGGGGACUGUGAAACUUUAAACUCCAGCGAAGUCAGCAGCAGUUCCAAAGAUGUGGAGAAUGGAGGGAAAGAGAAACCACCUCAGCCUGGUGCCAAGACCUCCAGCCGCAAUGACUAUAUACACUCUGGCUUGUAUUCUUCGUUUACUCUCAACUCCUUGAACUCCUCCAAGGCGAAGCUUUCCAAACCAAUAAAGAUUGAGAAUCCAGCUGAGAAACUGGCAGAGAAGAAAUCUCAGGAACCGACAUCAUCUGUCAUCAAAUUUGUAACAACACCCUGCAAAAAGCCACAAGUUGAACCUCUUGCUGCCGCCAUUUCAACUGGCCCAAGUAUCUCUCCAUCUUCAGAAGAAACUAUCCAAGCGUUGGAGACGUUGGUGUCCCCAAAACCACCUUCCUUGGAGGCCCCAGCCUCUGCGUCCAGCAUACCUGCCGCCUUCUCUGCUGCACCUCCCGUUUCGCCCAUACCUGCUGCUCUGCAGGAGCCUCCUCGGACACCUUCGCCACCACUGAGUUCUAACCCGGACGUCGACACAGACAUCGACUCCGUGGCUUCUCAGCCAAUGGAACUCCCAGAGAACUUGCCACUGGAGCCUAAAGACCAGGAUUCAGCUUUGCCAGAGAAGGACAAAACGAGUAAUUCAUCAAGAUCCAAGAAACCCAAGGGGUUAGAACUGGCACCCACCCUUGUGAUCACAGGCAGUGAUCCAAGCCCCCUGGGAAUACUGAGCCCGUCCCUCCCCACAGCUUCUCUCACACCAGCGUAUUUCUCACAGACACCCAUCAUACUGACUCCAAGCCCCUUGCUCUCCAGUAUCCACUUUUGGAGUACUCUCAGCCCUGUUGCUCCCCUGAGUCCAGCCAGACUGCAAGGUGCUAACACACUCUUCCAGUUUCCUUCUGUACUGAACAGUCAUGGGCCAUUCACUCUGUCUGGCUUGGAUGGACCUUCCACCCCUGGCCCAUUUUCCCCAGACCUACAGAAGACAUAACCUAUGCACUUGUGGGAUGAGAAAACUGAGGAACAAAGGAACAGAGAGACAUUCAACAUGAUUGCAUUUGAAGUGAGCAAUCGAAAGUUCUACAAUGCUGAUAAUAGACUAUUGUGAUUUUUGCCAUUCCCCUAGAAACGCCUUUUUAGGAUUCCCUUUGAAUAGGACUCAAGUUGGACUGUGUAUAAAAAUGCCUUAAUUGGAGUGCAAACUCCACCUCCCUCUCUUUUUCUUUCUUUUCUUUUCUUUUUUUUCCCAGCUUAAUAUUUUGAGCUUUGUGCUAAAGAAAUUUUUGGUGGCAUUUAGCAGCUAUACUUUACAAGAGCAAUUAAGAACAAAGUUAUUCCUUCGGGAACUUUUUUGGCAAGGAAAAAAAUUAUGCUGAGAGUCUGUUAUUUAAAGAAAUAUAAGUUAAACGAAUUGGCAUCUUUAGGACUAAGCGUGCUCUGUUGAACUAUUAGAAGUGAGCUGUUCAUAAGCAGUAGAAGAAGAAUCAUUCCUAUUCUUACAAAGCAAGAUUGGAGCAGUACUAUUGGGGAGAUUCUGUUUUGCUAUGAACCGUAACAUGUAAGCAACUCUGCAAAAAGCCAUCUUGUUUACAUUUAUUCAGGGUGAGUCUCUUAGCUAUCUGUGUGAUCUUGUCUGAACCUGUCAACAGGGCAUGAAGCUAGUCUGUUGCAACAUAGGAAGAUUUUUUUAAACCUGGGGUUUAAGACAGUUUUUGGAACAUCUAGUGAGAAUAUAGGACCCCACAUCUGGCAUAGAUAUGUUGUCUGCUCUCUGAAUGGUAUAGGAUACAGUAUGGUAAAUAAUGACUUUAGGAGAAUGAGCUUGGAUUUUGAAAUUUUGAGGCAUCUAUGAGUAAGAGAUUAAGUUGAAUAACUUAAAACAACACAUGAGGCUUUUCCCAAUUAGAAGAUGGCAAAGUGAAGGACCUUUUCUCUUUCCUCUUUACCUCAUUUUCUACUGUAUAUUUAUCAUCUUUCCUUGUAAAUUUAAGGUUGUUGGAGGUUGUGACAGUUUUAGAGAUGUAAUUAGGAAGGUGAAAUGCAAAAUGAAGCCUCUCAAUCAGUAGUGAGGUAAAGAUGUGCUUAUUUCUUCUAAUUUUUUUUUUUAAUUAGGGAAGGACAGAGAUCAUUUGGGAAUGUUCAUACAUAGGUAUUGGAUUAUUUAUAUUACCAGUGAAAAAUGUAGGCCUUCCUCUCUACCAAAUUUAUAAAAUAUUACCAUAUGGUAAUCAAUGCCAGGUACAGACAGAUUUGUUUAUUCACCAAACUGAGUCAAUACCAUGAAUUCACAGUGGAAUCUUUUGAAAAACUUGGCUUUAAAUCCUAGGAUUAAAUAAUAUGCUGCCAUCACCACCACCACCCUGCCCCACUCCAAACUAGCCUUUUAAUCCCAUAAUUGAAUCACAUGAAUUAAAUGGAAUGAGGGAGUAAGGACUUGAGGGCUCAAAAUGACUGAUCUAAACUAGCAUCUUCCAGAUGCAUAAUAUUUACUUUAAAUUUGUUUAUAUACAGUGUAGAAAAGCUCUUGUAUAAGACGUCUAUGCUAGCUAGUCCAUUAGUAGUAGAAGGAACAUAAUUCAGUGAGCUGCCUUUAUAUGUGUAGUGUUGGAGACCUGUUACUGGUUCAUUUGUGGUUAUCAGCUGAAAGUCCUAUUCCUAAGAUGUGCAAUAGUAGUGUUGAAAGGUAGGGUUUAAUAGUGAUGGGGAACAGACGGAUUGGACUUUUUUCCCAUAUUGAAUUAUUUAGUUUGCAUGUUUGUUUGAAAUUAGACCUCUCAGCAGCACUUUGGAAUAGUUUUAUUAGCUUAACAUUUUGUACAUUAAAUAAGUAAAUAUUGAUGGUUGAUAUAAGUAGAUGUUUUAAAUUUUGAAAGCACAAAGGUAUUUUAUCUUUUUGCAUUAAAGGAGAAAAGCCAUCGGUUUGUUUUCACAGAUGAGAUCUUUAAUAAUGAACUAUCUCAGCACAGAGGUGCCUUGGCACCAAGGGCACUGUUAAAACUCAGUCAAAACAGCCUCCUAGGAAACCGUUUCAGCGAGUCCUCUUUCUAUAAA